AUGCAGUAAUUUCACAUGUUCUCUCGUCCAUUUUUUCAAACUGAGUCUUUGCCAGUUGAUUGUCUAUGACUGUGUACGACGGGGUCGAAAUGCAUCAUGUUCUCUGUAUUAAAAAAUUAUUGCAUGACCAAUAAUCUUGGCACCAAAUGAACAGCUAACAAUAUUGAUAUAUUUUCUAAAAAAAACCCGAACUUCUUGAUCUCUUCCCUUAGAGUUGCUUCUCAUCGCCUUAACUAUAUUUCUUGCCAACCAUGGUAUCUGGAAGAUAGAGAAGUUCGUAGAAAGCUAGAAAAUUGGUUGAUUUGGUAUGUCUAAGUGAGACAUAAUCGAUCUUCCUCCUGAUGAGAGGAUUUUUAUCGUCCUACUUAAAUUACCACUGCACUUAAUAAAUCUAAUUGAUCCUUACGAUAAGGAUAGGCAUUGUUAUCUUUUAAUUCUUAAAAUUGACAUUGGAGUAAUUAAGAACUGCACUAUUAUCACUGCACUUCUUAAUCUAUAUUUCUUCUCCCACUCACUUAAGUAUUGAGUUCUCUUGGCUCAUUUUCUAGUGCUGAUUUGUGAUUUUUGUGCAUUUGAAUUCAGAUUUUUAAUCUUCUCUACCCACAUAUCUUAUGUGCCAACGUUUCGAACUUAGUUCUUUCUGCUGCUCGAUCUUUUUUUAUCUAUGUUUUUCCUCGUUACUUGCUCUAUCUUUGUAUGAUUUUUUUUCAGUUUCUGUAAUUAACGCACAAAGUUGUAAAUAUCCCCUUGCACACAAGAUGGCCAUGCACCAUACUGCGUAGGUGGGCAGUUUGAGGUGCAUUGGUGACUCAAUUUGAGGAUGUCUAUUUUUUGCCCUUUUUCCAGAUUUUUGAACUUUGAGAGGUCAGGCUUAUAACUUCCACAAAGUGGUGAGGAGCAUGAACCAAUUUUUGUAUUUGAAUAGUUACAUGAUGAAACGAAACAAUCGAGCAGAGUUUUGGAAAAGUUUGAAACAAAAAAAAAAAACAGAAAAACUGCUUCUCGUCACUAGAUGCUAUUAUUCAUAUUGUUAAUGAGGAAACUAACCCAAAUAUCACCCAUCAUUUCUACUUUUUCUCUGGAACUAGUCAAUAAAGCACAAUCAAUUGCAUUACUGGUUGCAUUGUUCUUUUUCCCGGUGACACUGAUGCACAACUCUCUUUUGAGUUGAGUGCACCUCUUAUUUCUUCUUUAUGACUUCCCAGAUUUUUCUGUAUGCGAUUUAUGCAGUUACUCUACUGGCUUCACAAGCGUUCAUGGUGAAGGACCGUCAGCAGAGUAUGCAAAACUUAGGAAGGAGUCGCUAGAGACUGAAUUUGGAGCCACACUUGGAACUUACAGCUCAAAAACCUUAUUUGCUUACUACCGCUUUGGUCCAUUCUUGGCCUUGUACAGAGCUGCAAUAAUUUCUUUUCAGGUGGGAAAGUUGACCAUAUGGCAUUUCUUUCUUCAGGACAUUCACAAACGUGCAGUGAAGGUAAUAACUUUUACGAUGUGUCUAUCAUCCCGUUCCCUUCAUGACGUUUGUUAUUAUCGGAGAUGCAAAUGUGUUCGAGUGUCAAGGACUGGCAAAUGCCCGACACGGGUGUGGAUGUUUCGAUAAUUCUAUGGUUUUCAUUUUCUCAUGUCGUGUUCUUGUAAGUUUCUUUGCGUUAUAUUUCUUUUAUGAGUUUUUUCCUGUUUUUCAGUUUCGGGAAACUCUGGUUCGCUUGGGGCCUUUUUAUAUCAAGGUACACGCACUGAAACUCUACUAUACACAUCAUUAUCUGCUUUGGAAUUCACUGCCAGCUGCUUUUACUUUUUUCAAGAAUAAUAUUCAUUAUGGUUUUGUUUGCCUUUUCAAAUUUCAUCAAGUGGACCUUUUUAUCCACUUCCAUUUAGAUUUCUCUCCCAGAAAGUUCUACGGCACUAGUAUUUUUCUUUGUGAAGGAAAAAAAAAUGUCGGACAGGCCAUUCUUGGCACUCUCUAAAUUUAGACCAGGCACCUGUGGAUAUUUAUUUUUAAUAGAUGAAUGAUCUUUGUACCUUCCUCUCUGAGCUUGAGUGGUAGCAGUGUAGUGUGUCUCCCAAUUUCCUGAGGGGGCGUGGGAGGAGGAUAACAGAAGAUUUAUGUUAAAAUUACGAGAGUUGCAUGGCAUUUUGCCUAGUUAUUAAUGCCUCAAAAAGAAUAGAGAUCAGGAACAAUUUUGAUCUGAUUCUAGUGAUCAGGGUAAAUUAAGAAAUUCAUUUAAUUUUGCCUUUGUUUUUAUCCUAUUUAACAUUUUUCUAGAUGAAUCGAGUUUUGUUGAACUGUGCUGCUGGGUUGGUCGCUUAGUCUUUGCACCAUCAGGUAGUUUUUUUCUGCCUCUGUUUGUUACUAGCCACUCUUUGCCACUCUAAUUUCCCCCCCAUCUGUGGUAUCCACCAAUCGACCUGUGUUUCUAUUCAUUGGGAUUAUAGUUUCUUUCAUAGAAAACAUGACAUGUUAGCAAUGAUGACCCUGAUUCUGAGUCUCAUCAGGUGCUUGCAAAAGCAUUUCUCUGAGAAUGCCACCUACUUUCUUUUGGUUCUUCCUUUUACGUGUUAUGUCCUUCAUUAAUAUUAUCCCGGAUUAAAUAUGACUAUUUCUAUUUAGGACAAUAGAUGGUAAAAAUGAUAAUCUCACUAGGAAGAUCUUAAAGUUCCUGGUGAUGAUAGCACCUUCUUGACACUUAAUCAAGAACCUCAAUUCAUCUCAUAUGAUGAAUGCGGUUUCAUUAUGCCUUAAGAAUUUCCAAUGUUGAUAGAACAUUUCUGAUGUUUAGUCUGGAUAAUAAUGACUAGCUUAUUUAAACAACAUUUCAAAAGAGAAAAACCAUUUGAAUUCCACAGUGGGAACAUUUAGAGGGGAAAUGAAUUGCCUCUCGAUGGUUUGCUUUCAUGGGAAAUAUGAUAUUUUUCUUGAGGAGAUUCCUUUUAAGUUAAGUCAUCAUAAAAGAAGUAAUCCUCAUCAUAUCAGAGGCUUUCAUGGAAGCAUUGGUUUGUGGAUACUCACCAUGGAAAACUUUAGAAACUUGAGUGUAAUAUGGAAAAUUCUGGCCCCACUGUAGAAUCAUAAUUUUGUUUAAUGUUCAUAGACUUGCUGAUGUGGAUGGGCCUGUCAUUAUUUUUAUCGUUAGAACUUUUCUUUUGUUUCUAGAUAUCAUGUAUCGUUAGAACUAGUUCAAUCUGGUACAACUUCUUCAAUUUCCGCAAAUUUAUAAUGUUUCCUUCUAUUUAUUCACAGCUUGGGCAGGCUUUGAGUACUCGACCAGAUAUAUUACCCAAAGCAUACUGUCAGGAGCUCUCUAAGUUGCAGGUUUUUUUCCUUAUUUGUGUUGGCUCUUUCAUAUAUGGAUCUUGCGCAUUUAAUUUUUGUACAUAACUAUCUCGAGAGUAUCCAUAUUGCAAUUUUAUGAUUAAGUUUUUACUUAUAUAUUUAUAUAUAUUUAUAUAUAUUUAUAUAUCAAUAGUUUAAGUUGUUAUAGAAAAUAUAACCAAAUGAUUUCCUUUUUUUGGUCAAUCUAUUGGUUACAUCUGAAGCACAUUUAUUCAUGGCAUGCUGUGAAUAUUUAUUGAUCUUAAUGAACGAUCCUUUUUUUCCCCUAUUGGAGAAUCAUAUGUUGAGAAAUUAAUAUCUAAAAAAAAUGAAAGUUGGAUUGAUUUUUUGUUUGCGAUUCCAUGAAGGCUUUUUAGUGGAACUAGGUUUUCAUAUGAAGAGGAACAGAAUUGGAUUAGAAAUCUUGAAAACGAAAUUAGAAAAAAUAAAAAUAGAUUAGGCAACUGAGGGUGGGAUAAUCUUAACAACUCAGUUGACAAAUUUAAAAUCCGGAUGUUUGAUGUUGGCAAGUCUUAUUGAGGCACGAAGAGAGGAGAGGGGGAAUUAAGAGGUUGAGGGCAUAAAUGGAGAUGAACAUGUAUAGAUGAGUUCUUGAACUAACUGGAGUAAGGUUAAUUUCUUUUUUUCCUCUUGAUUCUUUCCAGACUCGAUUCUAAUCUAUGCCUAAAGUUUUGCAAUAGGAUUAUAGAAGAACAUGCUACAUUAGCAGAUGUUCGCCUCAAAAUCAUUAUCGUGUAUUUCGAUCAUGUAUGAUGCUCAGCUACAAAUGAGAUUCAUUUACUUGAGAUGUACUGUCAACGUUUUGUCAUUACAAUGCUUUAUAAUUAGUUAGAUCGAAUAUUAUAGAGUAUAUGUGACAUCGUGUCAGGGAUAUCUGUAAUGCCCGAUGGAAUGCUGUCACUCUAUUUCGUCACUCACAGCCCCGAAGGGCCACAGUAAAAAUGCUGUCAAAUUCUGUCAAUUCUGAAUGCAAAUAUAGCACCUAGGCGCAUAUCAUAAGUACUUUUUAGGGAACGAGUCCUUUCACCAUGCUAGGGCACUUAUGCGUCUUUUUAGAGACAAACCUAGUGGUUUAUAGAAGGUCAUGCAAGUUCCCCCGUUUUUGAUAGUUUAAAUGAGGAUAAACAUCGGGUGACUCAAAAUUUUAUGUGAUCCACUUCUAUAAAGCCUUCUGUUGAUACUGCCAGGAGUUAACUCACCAUAUCGGCAAAGACGUAAAUGAAGGAUAGGAGAACUAUUUUCUAUUGUGAAUCAGGCAUCUUCCUUUUGAAAAUGACAGAAGUUGCAUGGCGAAUACAUGGUUUGCCUUUUUCCCAGCCGGAUGGAUAAAGAGGAGAGCAAUGUAUUGAGAGUUAUUCCGUCCUUCGAUCCCUACGAUUCGGCAACAAUAUCAGUCUGCAACCUUGAUAAAACAAGUCAGAAUAGAUGAAAAAGAGCCUCUGGUUUAAAAAAAAAUAGUACAAGAGCAGUUUCAUAAAUUGGCAUCUAGUCCUGUUUUUAUGGUAAUGUAUUGAUUUUCUGUAGAAAUACGAUGUUGAUAUGCUUUAAACUUACAUUUUAGGUGAAUCUUACUUUUUCCUCUGGACUUCUCUCUCGUGUAGGACCAAAUACCACCCUUCCCGACGCAUGUUGCCAUUAAGCUGAUGGAGUCUCAAUUGGGUGCUCCAAUCAAAAAAGUAUUUGCUGACAUUAGUCUGAAUCCUGUGGCAUCUGCAUCCCUGGGGCAGGUUUAUAAAGGUUAGCUAAUUUACUGUUGUUAGUAAAUGGAUAACUUUUGUGUGAAUUUAUUUCAUGCCAUGAUUAUUUAUUUAUAAAUUUUCUUUGUAUUAUAUUUUUCCUCUCUAAACUAGCUACGAUUUUUAUGUCUAUGUUUUGAUCCUUUUUUUUAAGAGCGAGAAAUAAAUAUUAUACUUGGAAUUUUUUCACCCCCUUGAAAAUUUAACCAUCAGAAGGAUGCCUUUUCCCCUUCCCAGAAGUUCAUGGAAACCAUACUUUUCCCGAAACGAAGAGGCUGCAUAUUCUUCUUUGCUUUUUCUCCUCUUUCCAUUCUGGUCUCUCUCCUUCGUUUCACUCAUUCUCUUAACCUUACCAUGUUGCACAGUCAGUCAUAAAAGUAUGCUGUUUUCCACGUGUUAGAAAAUAUUUCUUAAUCUUUAUUUUAAUUGGGUUAAUAUUUGUUAAAGGAGUCUUUGGUAUUAAAAUUUAUGUAAAGAGUGUGCAACUGAUUCAUAAUUGUUAUCCCGUGUUCUUCCAAGUCACGCAGCUCAUUUGCAUUCCGGGGAGACUGUAGCUGUCAAGGUACAGAGACCUGGAAUGCCACUCUUGCUGACUCUGGAUGCACUACUGUUUGAUAUGAUUGGUGGGCAACUGAAGCGAUUUGCUAAAGCUCAGAAAGAUUUAUUGGUAGCAGUAAAUGAGAUGGUGAGGUUGUCAUGCCUUUCUCGUGACUUAAGUAGUCGUGUUGUUGAAGAUUGUCAUAAUGAUUCUCCGUAUGAGCCAGAACCAACAGUAUUCACAUUCCGAUUUCCAUGUUUUAUUUUUAUGUUAAGACAAUGAUAACUUGUAUAUCUUGAUUUUCUUUAGAUGUAUCUUAUUUUUGAGACACAGUUAUGAAUGGCCGAAGAAAGAAUGGUCUUUGGUUUAUGUGCCUAAGCGGUGGAGAAGGUGCAACAUGGGCAUGCACAAUAAAUGGUAGUUGCCUGUAGUUUGUAGUUACAUCUGAUGAAUAAAUUCUUGAACUGUUAAAUUUGGUACUCGUCAUAGUUUCCCAUCCGCAAGUUCAUUGUAGGUAUUAUCAUGAGAUCACCAAUGUAGAGGCCGUGCCAAUGUUUUUGCUUAUAUGAGGGAUAUAGUAAGCGUGCAUUCAUUAGUUAUUUUCUUUAUUUUCCUGAAUGACAUGUGUUACAAUAUUUCAAUCAGAUAAGAUAUUUUGCGCGCUGCACAUGCUUUGGCAUAGUAUAACCUUUAAAAACUUACAGGUUAGGCAUAUGUUUGAAGAAAUUGAUUACAUACUGGAGGCACAAAAUGCUGAGCGCUUUUCUUCUCUGUUUGCAAGUAACACUCUUGGAAACUAGUUUUUCUUCUCUUUUUUUGCAAAUGUUGUUCCUGACCAAACAUCAAAAAUAGUUGUCCCGUUAUAUUUCUCUCUUCUUUGUGAAAAACCUUAGAGUAAGCCCUGAUGUCCUCCAUGUACUUUUUAAACAUUUUCCUGUCAUCAUUUUCCGGUGAGAGCUAUAUAAUAUAUAUAGAUAUAUGUUCAAAUGUACUUUUACAAAAUUAUUUUAUAAUAUAGAGCCUUAGCAGCAUUAGAAAGGUUUAAAAACUUAGUUCUGAGUGUUGUUUUAACAUGCAGCAGCUUCCAUCUAGUUUGGUUCCUGUGCUCCCUGGUAAAAUGAUGCCAGUCUAUUUUCUUGACUAUUGUUAGCUUAACUUUUUCCUCUGGGUUUUACUUUUUUUACGAACCCAAGGUUCUCUGUUCUUCAUAUGAACGAUAAGGUGCUAGGGAAGUUUUGAUGUUGUCAAUCACCUAAUAGUUUUAACUGUCUUGGUUAUUCUCUUGACAUCUCUGUAAUACCAGCAGUCACAUUUAGCCUUUUGGUACAAGGAUACAGACACCUGCAACUCCACCGCAUCUUACUAGCUGUCCCCUUGACAUGUUGUUUCUCUGCCAUGAGAAUCAUCGCUGUCCUAUAGGUCCUGAUUUAGUUUUAGAGAUAAUUCUUAUUAUACGCUACUGUUAUUCUUCUGGAAAUGCUAGUCUUUUGUCAUCCCUCUGUGCCCAUGAUGACCUAACCUCAGGGCAUCAGAUUUUGAUGCUACUAUCACAAGAGCUAGAAAUUUUGUGAGGCGGUAAGAGUUGUAGUCCUUGUAACCGAAAUCUUGGAAUGUCAGAUAGCAUUCCGCAUAACGCCAAUGACAAUAAUUUUUGUUGUUAAAACUAUGCAACAUAUUCAAUCUCCUUUCAAGCCCUCCAGUCUUCUUUCACAGUACUUCAGUAAACGCCCUUUUCUGCUCUAACAGUACAAUUCAUGGAAACCCCAAUUAUUUCUAUUUUCUAUUUUCUGAAUUGUUAUUCAUGGCAUAAUUUUUUUUGUAUCGCGAUCUUGAAAGCAUUGGAUCAGUUGUUACUACUGUUUAAUUUUGGGUAGGCAAUGGUGAGAAUGGUCACAGAAGAGGCACUACAAUCAAGGUACCCAAGAUAUAUUGGGAAUUUACUCGCAAAGCAGUCCUUACUAUGGAAUGGAUCGAUGGGAUCAAGCUCACAGAUAGCCACCGCAUUAAUGAAGCUUCUCUAAACAAGAAAGAUUUAAUUGAUCAGGUCUUUCUCAGUGCUUCCUGUUAAUGUUGAUAUCUGCGCUGGCUUUCUUCAUUUGGUGGAUGUUGAUUUUCACCUUCAUGGUGGGAGUCACUAUUAAGGAAAGAAAUAGAAAGGUUUCCCCAGAAGUAGGUCAUCUGAUGAGAAAUAUUAAUCUUCAUGAGCGCUUCUGUAGAUAAGUAUUUCGGAUGAUUCUUAUUUUGCCAAUAAAUUGUCGGUUUAAAUUUCUCAUGUUAUGUUACAUUUAAAUUUGGUCCAGUCAUACCAACUCAUCUGUACAUAAUAUGCAUUAGUCUCAAGCAAGUUGCAUUACUUUCCAUGGAGAUUUUGCCCCUCUAAGCAAGUUAUGAACAUAGAUUUAAAUAAUUCAGUGCUGAAUUGGGUUCAAGUUAUUAUUAGUUCCAAUAAACUCAGUGUAAUCCAACUCACUUUUUUAGUUUUCCGAGUCUCAAUCUACCCAAGUCAGACAUCCUUGGCGUCGGUAUUGGUGGAUACAGUUCAUUUUAGAUUUUAUAUCUCUGUAUGAUUGUUAGCGCAAAAAAUUCGUUCAAGGGCAUGUGGAAAAGUGGUCGACUGUAUAUAGUUUAAGCUCAAAAAAUGUUCAUCUGCUCUGAGACACUUUUUUCUCAUGCUUUAAUCUUGGAGAAUUGCACGAAGUGGGAGCAUACAAUGCGUUAAGCAUUCUUAUACCCGUUAACAUUCCAUAUUCUUAAUCUUCUAGUCAUAUGAUGCUCAUGGCUUCUCCAUUAUGGCACUGAUACUGCCAAUGUCCCACAGCGGACAGACCUAGCCGAAGCUUAUCACAUCAUGCCACUUCUUUGUGACUGAAUAUAGACAUACCUCAAAACUUUUGUGUAUAGUCUUCUUGUUUUCUGUUUAUAUCUUAUUGAUGAUUAUUCUGGGCUGUGUAUCUCCUUGAUUUAUGAUGGAAGUGUCUGUCUAUAUAUAUAUAUAGAUAGAUACAUAUGCGUAUAGAAUGUAGCAUAAUCUGAGUCCUUCUGUCAAUCUUUUUGGUUUAUAGGGCAUGUACUGCUCACUAAGGCAACUUCUGGAGGAGGGUUUCUUCCAUGCUGAUCCUCAUCCUGGAAAUCUCGUUGCUACUACUGAUGGAUCUCUUGCAUAUUUUGAUUUUGGUAUGAUGGGAGAUAUUCCACGCCACUAUCGUGUAGGACUUAUCCAGAUGGUUAGUGUCUUUCUCGCCAUGAAAUUUAUCCAAUCUCUCUUGAACAUCUUUGAGAAUUCGAGUCAUUAUGCGAUAUAAUUGGUGGUUUCAGCGUCAGUUACCUUUUAUUUAUCAAUCACAAUUGUCAUUAUUGGGGUAUAGUCAUCACAUCAUUUAAAUAUGUUACAUGCUCGGAAUGUAUAUAAAUAUUUCUAUUUUAGGAUUAUAAUGGUUCCUUUUAAUUUCUUAGAAAAUGAAUUUUUAUCUUUUCAUUUCCUUUGAUGUAAUUGUUUGUCAACGUUGCCAGUUCUUUUUCCCAUGCUAAUUCCCAGAUCCGUAGAGUAUUAUACCCUGCGACAUUUACUCAUUUUUCUCCUCUUGAAAUUUUUUAAUUCUUUUCUGCAUAAUUUCAUCCAUGCAUUGCGUUGACAUUGUCGUUCUGCUGACUGAAUUUAUCUUCCAGCUUGUACAUUUUGUCAACCGUGAUCCCUGGGGUUUGGCAAAUGACUUCCUCUCAUUGGGGUUCGUUCCUGAUGGCACUGAUCUGAAGACUAUUGCAGAUGCCUUGCAAACAUCGUUUGGUGACAGCACCAGACAGUUGACUGAUUUCCAGGUUUAUAUAAUCAUCCCUUCCCAGACAUUUGGAGCUUCUUUCAGCUCCGAGUCUCCGAGUCUGUUCAUCAGAUCAGAGAUUUUUUUUGGAUUCCCUGAAAUAGUAGUUUAAUUCGGUCCCCUUAUUCUCUUUUUUUUCUUGGGGUGUAUGCAUGAGACCUCAUUCUUCUCCAGAUUUCUCAGGUGAAAAAAAAAAAGAGGGAAAAAAAUAUGUGGGUUGAAAAUAAAAUCACAAACAGUUAAAUAUAAUAAUUCUUUCAUAAAAAAAGUCUUCUGUUGCGGUCAAGGUACUGGUCAAAAUGGCACGGAUUUUUCUUGGGUCAACCUCAGUUUCCGUGUAUUUUUUCUCAUACAUAUUUCUAGAUUAUUUUCACACGUCUGUGAUUGGUAUACAGAUGGGGUCUCUUUCUUGACAUCUUCUUCCAAUUGUCGUUGACUUUCCUCGUGACUAGCAUGGAAGCAUCGAGAGGUGAACAUAUCCUAACAUUUUCUGUGUGCUGUGCGAUUAUUUCAGAGCAUAAUGAACCAGUUAUAUGACGUCAUGUAUGAGUUCAACUUCUCCCUGCCCCCUGACUACGCAUUGGUCGUGAGAGCUCUCGGAUCAUUGGAGGGGACGGCCAAGGCUCUGGACCCUGAUUUCAAGGUCGUCGAGAGCGCCUACCCAUUUGUCAUCGGGAGGCUUCUCUCUGAUCCGAGCCCUGACAUGCGGAAGAUACUGAGGGAGCUCCUCAUACGCAAUGAUGGUUCCACCCGGUGGAAUCGGCUCGAACGCCUGGUAUGACAUCUGCUCACCUCAUCUCUCAGGCAUCUUCUCCCUGAAAAAAGGCAUAUUUUCCUAAAUUAAGUGAUUUUUUAAUGAUUUCUGUGGAAUCAUUUCGCCUACUUCUCUCAACCCUCCUCCCCUCGCCUAAAUAAAAAAAUUAAAAAAAAUGGUUCUUUAGGAUUGUAUCUGGCGGAGUUGACUUUUUCCUUUUCUGUAUAUCCAUGAAGUUCAGCCUAAAGAAAAGAAAUUGGUUCCUUAGGAUGGUUUCUGGCAGAGUUGACUUUUUCCUUUUCUGUGUAUCCUGGAUGGGGAAAUAAAAUAUAGGCUAGUAGAAAUUGUCUUGAAUAAUCCAGGGAAAAAAAGAAGCCGUCUUUUUUUUUUCCCACCCGUUGCUCUUCCGGGACAUGAAGAGAUUUCUCCUGCACAGAUUACGGCGAUCUUUGAAGAAGCCUCUCAGACGACCGGCGAGGAGAGCGGCAACCCAGUGAAUGCCCCAAGCUGGCGGUCCUUUGACAUGCGGGCGGUCGUCUCUGCCACCGAAGACCUCCUCCUCUUCAUCCUCUCUGAGAAGGGCCGGAGGGUCCGUAUCUUCCUCGUCCGGGACAUCAUCGAGGCCGUUGACGCAUUCCUGAGGGAGGAGAAAUCUCUUUCUGAGGUCCGUUUAUUUCCCAGAAUGGAUUCUCUUCGUUGACAACAGCCCCCAACUGUUAGAAGACUUUGGAAAUCUUAGAAUUUUUUUUCCCCUUUUUGGCUCUAUAAAUAAAUAUUUAUUUAUUUAUUUAUUUAUGCAUGCAUGCAUAUUUGUGCUCCUGUGCAGGGAGAUUCGGUGACCAAGAGGGUGGUCAACGGGUUGCUGUCGCUGAGGAUAGCGGUCAGGUCAGCGCCCGAGGUGUGGGCUGCCAUGCUGCUCCGAGUGUCCCUGCGGGCUGAGCUUCACCAGUUCAUCGUUGACGUCGUCUCGGCCUUGGUAAUGCAUUCCUGGAAAAAGAUACCGGAAACUUUCUGGCUCUUUCUGUCCCGGCUCCUUCACAAAGUCAAAGAGAAUAUCUGA